AUGGUUAAGUAUGUUCGUCCAGGUGAACGUAGUCCUGAAACCGGGACUGUUGUUGAAGGUGACUGAGCUAACCAGAGUUUAAUACCAUCAUCUGACGUGAUACAACUCACUUUGACUCUGAAGAUAACUACCCCACAGGUUGUCAAAACGUCAGUCACUGUCGACAACAGUCUUAUUCAGCACUACGUUCACCCUGACGAUCAUACACAACCUUCUUACUUACUUACGUAUUUUAUCAAGUUUUUCACAGAUUUAAGGAAACCUUUUAUAAUGCAAACAAAAUAACCCAAAAUGUCCCUAAAUCCUAUAUCAAAAUCAAGAAGUCAAGAGUCCUGCUCGAUCUAAAAAAUACGAAAAUUAACUCACUAGCAAUGAAGAGGAAGACAACAAUACUGUAAAGAAUUUGGCGUUUUGACCGGGUUAUGGGCUCCUGACCGACUCUAUUAUCAUGGCCAGCUACAUCAUAUUAUCCACUAAUUUGUUUAUUAUGUUAUCUCAGAACAGAGAAUCAAGAUGCUGAUGCUGUUUUUGUCUCUCUGUAUUGGAAUGGAUUUGAUCGUCAACAUCCCUAGCGCCUUUGCGGUAAGCUAGCACUUUUCUUUGAUUUUCUCUUUAAUUACAAUGAUGUACAGGAAAAAGUUACGUUAAGUGUUACAGCCAUCAGGGGGUCAAGGUAAAGCUGAGCGCGUCUUAUGGGUAUUUUUUAAGUCGUUUUUAAGGACCGAAAGUGGUAGCUUGCGUGGCAGACGCUGCUUAGGUUUUUGGCUUGUCUUAUGGACGCGCGCCGCAUCUAAAUUUCUCAUUUCGCCCUCGUAAAACCGGCGCCUGCUUCGCACGCUACGCUCCCCUGCUGCAAAGAAUUUUAAAAGCAAAAAAACUUAGCUUACUCAUUUGUGCUUCCGUCAUUUUUUUUUUUUUUCGGCCUUCACUCUUCGGAUCAAGACUCGAGAUCGCUGAUCUCUUAACUUAACCCAGACGAAUCUAUACCUAGAAUCUAUGCCCUCUACAGGAACACUCACCCAUGUUUCUUCCUAUGUUACUGAUAUGAUAACCAAAGGUUAUGGAGUGCUGGCUAUACAUCGAUAUACAAGAGAGAAUAAUCUAAGGCGAUGUUAAUAGAAUAGCAAAACGCGCUUGCUCCAACGCUAGACAACUCCGUGCUAUGCGCAAGUUUCACGUGAGAGAAAGUCAAAACGGGCGUGAUCAGAUGCGGCCUAUGUAUUUCAUAUAUUUUUAGUGGAAGACCAGACGAAAUGCUGGCUACAUACUUGCCGCGCAUGUGAAAAAGAAACCAGCAUAUUAGGAUUGCGGGCUUCUCUUGUCGCCCACGAUAAUGAGAAUACCUUUAAAGCAUAUUCGUCCAUUUGAAUAUUUUGCACAUUAUCAGAAUUAUAUGAGGUAAACAGGAGGAAGCUGAUUUUUAUUUCUCUCAAGACCAUUGUAUCAUUUUCUGAAUCUAGAUUUUAAGAGAGGUCUGGAUGGAUUACCUAGCUCUCAGUAAUUAGCUACCGCAAAAUUUUCAAGAUAAGCCCCGCAGGAUUACUUUUCUUUGUAAAGGCCUGUUGAGGGGCUUAUAUUUUGACCGGGCUUAUAAAGGAGGGGAUUACCACUCUUAUGAGGCCAAUUUGCGUUUCCAAGUCGGACAAGCUUAAUUAUUGGAUAAAUUAGCCUGGGUAAACUGUUGGUUCCUGUCAGACACUGAAACAUUCUGCCUCCUGUUCCCUUAGCCGGCGAGGCAUGUCCUCGUGCUCAGGCCUCGCCGGCUAAGGCAACAGGAGAUUCUGGGGACCAGAAUGACACUGAGAUGAACAUCACUAGCUCUGCCUCCUCCACAGUCGUUCCCAAGCCUUAGUGGGAAGAACAGAAAAGACGAUAAGCGAGAGAGCUGAAGCCGAAAGCGAAGAGCGCGAGAGAGGCAUGAUGGGAACGAGCACAGAGCGGGAGCGGGGAUUCCUUUCACCCCCGCUUUCCUUAAUAAUUAAUUCAAUAUUCCCCUAAAAAGUGAUCGCGAGCGAAUGGGGACGAAGCAGUCACUUGUCGGUCUUUGUUUUUUAUUUCCUUUAGGAUUCAGCCGCCAUCAGAGAAGGAAUUGCUGCAAGAGCAGAGCUACAAGUUGGCUGCGCCUACUGGUCCAAUGUUGCCCUUAGCGGUAGUGGACCCAAUACAAACAAGAACAACUAUUUUGUUCAUGACAUUGGUGUCUUAGCCGGCGCCCAAAUGCCAGAAGUUUCGGAGGGGGUCCCUAUAGAGGCGGGGGACGGAGGUUGGGGUACCUUGAGUACCCUGAAUUACUGGAAACGUGUGGCUGUGGACUCACCUGAGCGUGGCGACAUCGUUGCAGCUCACUACCUAGAUAGUGGUGGAAUUUACCAUGUAGGAAUUUAUGUCAGCCCUGAUACAAUGGUGUCAGCUAAUGCAGUAGACAUUGCUAAAGGUACAUGGCCAUUUGGUACCGGAAACGAUGAAGGAGAUCAGAUCGUGAUCUGGCGUUACUGUGGAGAACUUAACUGCCCCUAG